UCCAUUAGAAAUGAUAAUUCUGAAAAGAUGUCCAAAACAGAGGCCCUAAAAAUGGGAAAGAAGAAGUUUGUGUCAGAGAAGGUUCGGUUGAUGAAGCAGAUGGAGAAGCUUGGUAAAAAGUCUUCCAAAAAGAAACUUGCUGGAACAAAGGUUAUUGUUGAUAGGUCAAGAGUUAAUGACAUCACUUGCCCAUGCUGUGGAAUGCCGUGUGAGAUGAAGAAGCAGCUCAAGGCUCACCUGAAGCAGAAACAUCCAUUCAAGUGCAGCUAUUGUAAUAAGGACUUUGUAGACAAGGCAAGUUCUACAGAACACUACUGGACGGUUCACAUGCCUGGACAUCGGUACUGUGCCUGCUGUGAUGUUCGCUGUGGAUCCCUCUACAUAUAUAACCUCCAUAUGGCUUCCAAGCGACACAUGAAAACGACCACGGCCAAAGGCUUCAACACUACCUGCAGAUAACGUUGUGGACAACUCCAUCAUCACUCUGACCAACAAUAUUGUCCCCGCCAGUCAUCCCGGGAAUGGUCGAACCAGACCUAGCAACUGCAUUACAGCCACGAAUGACUGGUACAAUACAGGUGA